GCAGGUCCGUAGCUGGUGUUUCUGCUUUCAGUUUCAUUUGAGACGUCGACGCGUUCGCCAGCAAAACCAGCAACCAGCCACCAGCAGCUGCCAACAGCCAAGUUAAUAAAAGCGGUCCGUACUCCGUACCCGUACCCGCAACAAACACACAUCUACCAGUCGCGCAUGAGAAAUAUUUUAUAUAUUUAAACGGGUUAAUCCAACACACAGCCGAAAAUCGAACGCUCUUAAUAAUAUAUGUUUUGUGUUUUUUUUUCUUUCGUCGGCCACUUGCAAUUACAUUUUGGGUGCAAGAGUGAGUUCCUGGGCCGUGUGUGGUGAUCGUAGUUGGUAGUGGUGGUGCCGCCGCGAUUUGCAUAAUCUGCCAAGUUAAUAAACAAUGCAAAGAAGUGGGCAAAACUCAUAAAUAAAGUGCAACGCAUGGAGUGUAAUUAAAAUUCAUUGAGAUUUGUAUUUCGUGCUCUGCUCUGCUCUGCAAGGAGAAAACAAGUUUGUUGCCUAAGUUAUUUGUUUUCAAUUUUCAAAAAAUUAAUAAAAACAUUUUUGAAAAAAAAAUCUAAAAGAAGACAAAACAAGAAGAGUCUGACUAGUGGAAGCCACGUCGACAAGAAGUUCCCAUAAAAGACGUGGAUGGUGGCAAGUGGACACUAUUAGAGGAAAGAAAAUCCCCGAAAUGAUAUUGAGAACACAGCGUUGGAUGGGCGUGCUCCUCGUGGGGCUGGCCCUCUUCCAGGGGCACGUCUUCGCCCAGGACGAGGACUACGGCGGCGACAUGGGCAGUGCAAGUGCCGGCAGCUCCGACGACAUCUACGAUCCCACGCAGCUGGAAAUCGAGGUGGAAACGGAGAUGCAGCAGCACCGCAACAGCCUGGACGAGGAUCACACGGAGAGCGGCUUUAACAUGGAGCAGGACAUGAUGAGCACCCUGAGACCCCUGGAGAGCCGGCUGAACACCAUGGCUCCCUACUCGGAGGAGAACACGGCUGCCGAAGUGAUGGAGGACGCGCCCUCGCAGAAGCGGGUCAGUAAGGUGGACUCGGCAGGCGGGCAGUCGAAGGACUACUACUACGACACCUCCGAGGACGAGUUGAUGGCCAGCACCACCGCUCGGAUGGCCACCACCUUGAUCCCCGAAUAUGUGCGCCAAGCCAAGGCGGAGCGAUUCCCCCAAAGGGAGCACCAGGAGCACGACAUUUCAGAGUAUGUGGAGGAGGAGGCCACGAAAUCCACGGAAGAGGAGCACCCCAUUGACGUCACCUACCAGGUGGAGCAGCAUCAGCCAAUGCCCCAGGCUCAAGUCCAGCAGUUGCCCAGUCCGAGCAAGCCGCAGUCCUUCAAGUACUCCACCGAGGACGAAUACUACGACGAUCAGGCGGAGGUGAAGCCUCAUCCAACCGCAGCCACGUCGCCGGAGCCACUGCCCGUGCUGAGGGCACGUUUCGGCGGUUUCCCCUGGCCCUCGUCCACCCAGGCACCUGGGCCCGUGACAUCACCCUCCACCACAUCCACAUCGAGCACAACAAUCCCAACGACAACCAGUCCCCGGAAACAAGCGAAGCACAUCCACGUGCCCGUCAAGCCGGAACUACUGCCGGCGGAUCAGCUGCGGAACUACAUCAAGGAUGUGUACAUCCGCAUGCCGCUGGCCGUGAUAGUGGACCCAUCUUCGGCCUCUCUGGAGCAGGCCAAGCGGCUCUACAUCGACGCCCUCCAGGACAAGAAUAUAGACAUCAAGAUCGUCCUCGUCACAUUGAAUGCAGCGGGAGCCCCCUCCGCCUUUAGUUUCAACAACACCCGGGAGUUCAUAGCCGGCCUGAACAGCACCAAGGAGCACGAGGGCGGCAACUCUUUCGUGGGCGUCCUGCAUGCCGCCGAGCUGGUGCCCUACGACAGUGCCGUCUUCAUAUCGACAGCCGCCAUUCCCCCACACACAGAACUGGUCCAAGACGCAGCCAUUACUCUGCUGAAGAAGAGGAUCAGGCUAUUCCUGUUGUGGUACGGCGAGCGAUCGGGAAGCGAAAACGAAACCGAGGACGCUGUGGGAGGCAUCCUGGGAGAGGUAGCCACCCGGUCGGGGGGCGAAAUCAUACACAUUGUGAGCACCGAGCACGGACAGCACAUAGCGGGCAAUACGCUCACUCUAGUGUCGGACGCAUAUCAGGGCGUCCAGGAGCUGGACCUGCCCGUGGACACGACACUGUCCAGCCUGCACGUCCGCAUCGAUGCGAACAUGCGACGUGCCACAAUGGAGACGCCGAAUGGUGAAAUUAACUUGAAAAAACUGGUGAAAUUCGGUGCAGAAAAUGCCACUAGAACCACGAGCCCUUACGAAUUGGAUGCCUACGUACCACUUAACAAACUGCGGCGCACAGCAACCUUCAAAUUGAAACUGUACCCGGCGUUGGUUAACCAAAGUUACAAUGUAUUCGUACGAGCCGAAAGAAAAGCGGAUGUGUUUUUGGGCGACAUAAUCAAGCGCAUCGAUAGCUACUACAAAAAUGGCCAGAACAAACCCCGCCUCGCCAGGAUUCAGUUUCCCGACAAGGAAAAGGACACCGAGAAAAUCGAAGACGAUGUUGACUCGCCAAAGAACGAGAUUGAAACGUUCUCGGAAAAGGAAAUCCAGAGGGCCCCAAAUCUCAAUCAAACACUGCUGGCUUCCGCCACUGGCCAACCCAGGAGCACCCUGAAUGCCAUGCUCCUCCAGCGCUGCGGCACUAAGAUCGAACUGAGUACCCAGUCCCAGAUUCUGGUCACGGCGGGGCAAAUGGCUACGCUUCUUUUUGAGGUCACUAAUAUGCGUUCCGAAGCCGUGUAUUCAACCAUUCAGGUCACCGACGAGCGACGCUUUCUGGUUCAGUUGAAUCCUACCAGAUUGAAUCUUCGGGCUCAGGAGACGGCCACUGUGCGUCUAACAGUAUUAGUUCCCACUGGAACAACCCAGGGCACCACGGACAGGAUCACUUUCAGCCAUUAUGGGCGCGAAACCACCACAAUGGCGGUCAAUCUUAAAGUGGUUACCAGCAUAGAUGCACAGGACACCACUGGUCCCACCUUAUCCUGGGAGUUUGGCAGUCGCUGUGAUUAUCUUACACCCGAAUCCCUGAACUGCGGCGAACGCUUCUGGACACUGGAUGUUACCGCUCAGGAUUGGCAAUCCGGCAUGCUGCGCCUACAGGCCACACCCCCCGAGGGACUGUUCUACAGGAACUACUAUACAGCUGGCACAACAGAGCCCUUAAAAGCCACCUACAUGGCCUCCUGCUGCGAACCCAAAGUGUCGUUUGUGGCCUACGAUGCGGCUGGAAAUCAGAGGAGCCUCACCAUAGACGUGAGGGAUGUGUACUUGACAGAGGCCGCCAUCGCAGCGAUAUGUUUGGGAGUCAUUCUGCUGCUUCUCCUAAUUAUAGCCAUUAUCUGGGGGAUUGUGUGGUGUUGCCGCCGCAGGAAAGUGGUCAUGGAGCUCCCAACCUACAGAUCGCAUUCCACCAGAAGCAUGGAGUAGACUUCUGUUUUGUUAUCGUGCCAAAGUGCCAGAUGAAGUGGAAGGAGCCAAAUAAAAUUGCCAUUGAAUGACGAAUUCUUCUGUUAAAGCUUGCGUUGCUAAAACUUACUUAUUUUUAGAGUUAUCGGCAGCUAUCAAGCACUUGUAGCGGCAAACUUCCAAAGCAGAAGUA